AUGCUGUGGGGCUUCCCAGCGGCCCCCGGCGCCCACCUGCAGCCCCCGAUGGCCUGCCCGCACGCCCUCUCCCGCCUCGCCCACAGGCCCAACACCACGGGCCUGUUGAACUCGGAGGCGGGCGGCGCCGGGCCGACGCCGGGCAAGGGCCGCAAGAACUCGGCGGCGGAGCUGGGGAGCGGCAGGGCCGGCGUCGGCGCCCCCAGGGACAGCCGGCCGCCCCGGGACAGCCUGCAGGGCCUGAUCCAGGCCGCCGCGGGCAAGGGCCGCAAGAACUCGCGGGCCGCCGAGGACGAGCCGCACCGGGGCGGGGCCAGGAGCGCGGGCUGCAGCACCUACAUCAGCCGGCUCAUCAAGGUGGACGCUCAGGAGAAGAGCGUCAAGAGCGCCAGCAGCAGCGGCAGCAGCGGCAGCAGCAGCAGCUGCCCUUCCUCGGCGUCCUCCUCCCCUGCGUCGCUGGGCCCCGAGCUGGACAAGGGCAAAACGGGGAAGCAGCCCGACACGGUCAUCAUUUUAGAAGACUACGCCGACCCUUACGAUGCCAAGAGGACGAAAGGUCAAAGGGACGCAGAGAGAGCAGGGGAGAACGACGGCUACAUGGAGCCCUACGACGCGCAGCAAAUGAUAACAGAAAUCCGACGCCGAGGCUCUAAGGAUCCCCUGGUGAAGGCUCUCCACCUGCUCGAAGGUCCCUGUGAGCCAGGCGAGAACAUCACGAAGACAGAGACGUUGGCCAAGAGACGGAGCUCCAAGGACCUCCUGGGGAAGCCUCCGCAGCUGUACGACACACCCUACGAGCCUGCGGACGGGGCCCCCGAUCGGAGGGCACGGCUCCCCGCGGAGGACGAGAGGCCGGCAGCCGAGUACGAGCAGCCCUGGGAGUGGAAGAAGGAGCAGAUUGCCCGGGCGCUGUCAGUUCAGUUUGAAGGCUCCGAGCGGCCUUCCGUCAAGGAGGACGUGGGGAAGCAGCACCAGCGGCAGAAGAGCUGGACGCAGAAGAUCUUGAAGCCGGCCGCCCCGGACCACGGCGAGGGGGAGAAGGUGGACCGAGCCCUGCCGCUGGGGAGGCAGCCUUGGUAUCAUGGAGCCAUCACCCGUGCAGAGGCCGAGAGCCGACUCCAGCCCUGCAGAGAAGCUGCUUAUCUGGUUCGAAAUAGUGAGUCGGGCAACAGCAAGUACUCCAUUGCACUCAAGACGAGUCAGGGGUGUGUCCACAUCAUAGUGGCCCAGACCAAAGACAACAAGUACACGCUGAAUCAGACUAGUGCGGUCUUCGACGGCAUCCCCGAACUGGUACACUACUAUUCCAACGAGAAGUUGCCCUUCAAGGGGGCGGAACACAUGACCUUACUCUACCCCGUGCACAGCAAGGGGCACUAAGCUCCAGCCAGCGAAAGCCCUGGCCAGGCCCAUCCUCCUGAGCAGGGCGUCAGCCCCUGACCAGCACCGGGCACAGGGCUGGACUGCCCCACGGGAACCGGUGGGAAGUGGGACUCUCCCUGCAGCAGGCAGAGUCUUUGGCCUGACACCCAUUCCGUGACACUUGGUUACUGACCUAUUGCUUUUCUACGAUAAGAAGUCAUAAUUUAUCAGCUGCUUCACUCUCUGGAGUAGGUGUUCUGUUUGUGGGUGACUCUCAGGAAAGGUAAGUCAGGAGUCCAGGAAUACCAAGGUUUUCCAAAAAUGUGCCAGUCGUGACCUGGAAUACCUGGUCUCUAAGCAAAUCAGCAGCAGUGCGGCUGGCUUUUCUGUGAGGCAAUAAAGAAUGAUCGUGUGGACCGGAAGAGCGUGUACCGUGGACCCCGUCUUGGGGAAAAGGAUGAAGAGCGGAAAACACGUGGAUACGGGUGACUUGGACAGAGUGUCCUGGCUCAGCUCUGGACUCCGUGAAAAUGCACGACUCCGCCGAGAUUAUUUUGUGGGUCAGCCUUCUAGGAAAGUUUGUGUUUUCUCAACCUCUGUGGACUUUUUCAUCAUCUUUAAUAUAAACAUAAGUAGGAAGGAUGAUGGGCUGACUUAAGAAUUGGCAGUAUACGUUAAGCAUCGACAUCACUAUAAUUCUGAUUUAUAGAAUACAAUCACAAUUUCAUUUCUGAUUUUUUAAAAAUCUGAAAAAUGUGCAAAGCUCCACAGCCGCGCUCUUGGAUAUUUCUACAGGACUUCUGACACAUUUGGUUUCACCUUUGGGCAUUGCAGUUGUUAGGGAACGAUUUUUAAUUUGUGUCCCCCAGUUAGAUUUGCUUUGUAUUUUCAGAGUAAAUUUUAAAUAUAUCUAUCUCUACCCCUCGGAGCUGAGGGCUUAAACUGGGUCCCAAACCUGCAGUCUCUUGCGCUCUGCAGAGACCAGUGCUCCCUGCACAAAACUAUCUGAAAAGGCAGAGGCUUCUCCAACUACUACUGCUUAAGAAAUUAAAUUAAUACUCAUAGUCUUGUUAUCUUUAUGGUUUAUUGUGAACUUCAGUUGCCAGGUUACUCACUGUGAAAAUAAAUAAAUAAAAACGCA